UCCCUCCGCCCCUCUUGCAUUUGUCUUAAUUCUUCUCAGAGACAAGAUGGCAACGCCGGCGGCGGUAAACCCUCCCGAAAUGGCAUCAGAUAUUCCUGGCUCGGUGGCCUUGCCAGUGGCUCCGAUGGCGAGUGGACAAGUGAGGAUGGCAGGAUCCAUGCCUUCCAGAGGAGGAAAGCGUCGCUCUGGAAUGGACUUUGAUGAUGAAGAUGGGGAGGGGCCCAGCAAAUUUUCAAGGGAGAAUCACAGUGAGAUCGAGAGGCGCAGGAGGAAUAAGAUGACGCAGUACAUCACCGAGCUCUCCGACAUGGUGCCCACGUGCAGCGCCCUGGCUCGCAAGCCUGACAAGCUCACCAUUCUCCGCAUGGCUGUUUCCCACAUGAAAUCCAUGAGGGGCACUGGGAACAAAUCUACUGAUGGAGCUUACAAGCCUUCCUUUCUUACAGAACAGGAACUGAAACACCUUAUCCUGGAGGCUGCAGAUGGGUUCCUGUUUGUAGUUGCAGCUGAGACGGGAAGAGUGAUCUAUGUAUCAGACUCGGUGACUCCUGUGCUAAACCAGCCUCAGUCGGAAUGGUUUGGCAGCACUUUGUAUGAACAGGUUCAUCCAGACGACGUGGAAAAGCUGCGAGAGCAACUGUGUACAUCUGAAAACUCUAUGACAGGACGAAUCCUGGACUUGAAGACGGGGACAGUAAAGAAAGAAGGUCAGCAGUCCUCAAUGAGAAUGUGCAUGGGAUCCAGGCGUUCUUUCAUUUGCAGGAUGAGGUGUGGAAAUGCUCCUCUGGAUCAUUUACCUCUGAACAGAAUAACCACCAUGAGAAAAAGAUACAGGAAUGGCCUGGGCCCAGUGAAAGAAGGUGAAGCCCAGUAUGCUGUUGUCCAUUGCACUGGCUAUAUCAAGGCUUGGCCACCAGCAGGAAUGACUAUACCAGAAGAAGAUGCUGAUGUGGGACAAGGUAGUAAAUACUGCCUCGUGGCAAUAGGAAGGCUUCAGGUGACCAGCUCUCCCGUGUGCAUGGACAUGAACGGCAUGUCAGUCCCCACGGAGUUCCUGUCCCGCCACAACUCUGAUGGAGUCAUCACCUUUGUGGACCCAAGGUGCAUCAGCGUCAUUGGCUACCAGCCCCAGGAUCUUCUGGGGAAAGAUAUUUUAGAAUUCUGCCAUCCUGAAGAUCAAAGCCAUUUGCGAGAGAGUUUCCAACAGGUGGUAAAACUGAAAGGUCAAGUCCUGUCUGUGAUGUAUCGCUUUCGCACCAAAAACCGGGAGUGGAUGCUGAUCAGAACCAGCAGCUUCACAUUUCAGAAUCCUUAUUCUGAUGAGAUCGAGUACAUCAUCUGCACCAACACUAACGUAAAACAACUUCAGCAACAGCAAGCAGAACUCGAAGUACAUCAAAGAGAUGGGCUGUCAUCCUAUGACUUAUCUCAGGUGCCUGUUCCAAGUAUACCAGCUAAUGUUCACGAGGGUGGAAAGUCUGUGGAAAAGCCUGAUGCUAUCUUCUCCCAAGAGAGAGAUCCUAGAUUUGCUGAGAUGUUUGCUGGAAUAACUGCUUCAGAUAAAAAAAUGAUGGCCUCUGCAUCCACAGCAGGAAACCAGCAGCUUUACUCACAGGGAAGCCCAUUUCAGCCAGGACACUCGGGAAAGACUUUCAGUUCAUCUGUGGUGCAUGUGCCUGGUGUGAACGACAUCCAGUCUUCCUCCUCGACAGGCCAGAACCUGACACAGAUAUCCCGGCAGCUCAACCAGAGCCAGGUGGCCUGGACAGGAACUCGCCCCCCAUUUCCAGGACAGCAAAUUCCAUCUCAGUCUGGGAAGGCUCAGUCAUCUCCCUUUGGCAUUGGAACAAGUCACACCUACCCAGCUGAUCCCUCAUCCUACAGCCCCCUGUCCAGCCCAGCCACCUCUUCUCCAAGUGGGAAUGCCUACUCCAGCCUAGCAAACCGAAGUGCAGGCUUUGCUGAAGGUGGCCAGAGCAGUGGGCAGUUCCAGGGGAGACCUUCUGAAGUGUGGUCACAGUGGCAGAGCCAACACCACAACCAGCAGAGUGGUGACCAGCACUCACACCCACAGCCCAACCAGACCGAGGUGUUCCAGGACAUGCUGCCGAUGCCGGGGGAUCCAACGCAGGGCACUGGCAAUUACAACAUUGAAGAUUUUGCUGACCUGGGCAUGUUUCCACCUUUUUCUGAGUAGCUUGCGAAGCAGAAAUGGAAGUUCUUCUUCUCCAAGGCCAUUUCAGUGUAAUUUUGGCGCUGCUUUUUCUGUGUUGCAUUUCUGUAGAAGCUACUAAACCAGAAGACACAUUUCUCACAUUUCAGAUAGUGGUGUGGGGCUUGCUCUCUCCUCCUUGGGGUGUGUCAGUGCCAACAGAGGAGCUCCAGCACUUGUUAGUGUUCAUUGACAGCUCCAUUGUUAUUUUUUUUUAUUUUAUUGUCAUCUACCUCAGAGAUAAAAAUUUUGCUUGUUUUUAAAGAAAAAUCUCUGAGUCUCAAAUAUUUGAAUGUGAAUGAUGCAUAAUAUUUCCUUUGAAUGGUAAUUUUUCAAUAGAUAACAAAGUAACAAAGACUAACAGAGAAAAGGUAAGGUCAUGUCUAGUGCCUACCGCUCAAUUUUGAUGCCUUGCUUUAAGCUUAAGUUUCUGAAAGCAGACACAAUAUUCUGUUUUCUUUGAUUCUUGUAGGUUUUAGGUCACUUUAAAUGUUGAGAUUAAGCAACAUAAUGUAGGCCUCUCUCACCAGAAGAUUCAGCUCUGCCUUUUCUAACUUAAACUUGAAUGUGUGUACAUUUUGGUACUUUAUGUAUAUCUUGUGCUGUAUGAAGUGAUUUUCUGUACUGGUUUCUUUUGCCUUUACAAAGGGUCCAUUCUGGAGUGUACUGAAAAGGUUGAUGAUGUAUGUGAAGGAUUUGAAUAUCGUGAGAGUCUCCAUCACUUCACAUAGGUGUUCUUAUUUUUAAUUCAGGUGGUUCUCUAUUCAGAACAAACAUUUACUUACAUAAGCUAUUAGUCUGGUUUUGCACUGAAUUGAGGCCUAUAACUUUGUACAUUUCUCACUGGCUGCUUUAAUUAUUAUUGUUCUUGCUUUCCCAAAAAUAUUGCCUCUUAAAAAAUGACUGUAAACACAUCGAGAUUGCAUUUUCUAUAUUAGCUGCAUUUCCUUUCUGUGAAGUACUUUUUUAUACUGUGAAACCUCACAUUUUAACAGUGCAAGGUGGUGGCCUGUUACUAGGAAAUCAUUCAAGCUCAUUUGCUGCAAGCAGUGAGAUGGUUUUGUAGUGUAUGAUUUUUUAGAGUGGGUUGGUAAUAGAUAUUGAUUGGGCUAUUGUCCACUGCAUACACAGUGAUAACUUGAAUUUUUGCUUGGAUUCCCAAGCAAAUGCUUCUGUUAAACCCUGUUAACCCUGUUCCGUUCAAUAUGGGAUUUUCAGCUUACCAAGUUUGUUGAGGACUCUUGACUGCUCUGAAUGCCGUGUGCUUUUCCAGAGAGGUAAGUUAAUCACCUUCCUCUUGGGCAAGUCACCACCCAUGUGUCUUCAUCAGAGAUGUGGUAGGAAUCUUUUUGUUCAGUAUUUCAUGUGCAUGAUGAGUUACAGAGGUUGCAUUGUAAGGAUUUUAUCCUGGUCAUUUCUUCUGGGAUGGGAGGAGAAAGAGUCACUCACAAAGCCCCAAGUUCCUGUGUGCAGGUUGUUCAUAACCUUGGAGGUUGGGUGGAUAGGCAGCCUCUGCAGAGGAGGAAGGGGCAGCUU